GCAACCAGGACGGCUCUGCCACGAGCCGCCGUCGUCUCGACGGGGACGGGUGCCGAGGAUGGACGUCGAGAUGAAGCCGCCGACCGAGGCCGUGCCGAUGCAGGUGCCGCUGCCGGUGCCGACAACGCCGGCUCUCCAACAACCACCAGACCUGACUGCCGCCGGCGGCCAGAUGCAACCCGGAGCAGCAGCGCCAGAGCCAGCGCCGCCUGUUGUUGUCAGGCGUCGGGCCCCCAUCGCAUGCCGAAGGUGCGUGCCGUUGUGUUGCUCAAUUCCAAGUUUCCAGAUUUGCCCUGCCGGAUUGCGGCCCCGUCACCCCUUUCCCCUUUCAUAAUUGGGGGUUUGUCCUCUCAACAGAGCCGUCCAAAGCAUCUUUCCUUCCCUGCCCAUGACCUGCCGUGUGUGCGUGUGUAUACGAGCAAACAGAAUAAGGGAGGUUGUUGGUCCUGACGCAAAACUUUAUGCCAGAUGCCGUCGUAUGAGAAGCAAAUGUCUGCACGAAAAAGCUAAGCCACCGUGCCGAGCAUGUCUUGAUGCCGGCCUUGGUCCCGCCGACUGUGUGUUUCCGGUCCGCGGUCAGCCCGACCAGGACCGCGAGUACCGCCACCCCCGGGUGAGAUUGGACAAGAACAGGAAGCGGGACGCUGCUACCAAGGUCCGCCGUGAUGUGCUGGACGGCGGUGGCCCGGCACCGCUCCGCGCCGCCACCGCCAUCUCCGUGAUGCCCGGUGGCCUCGCCGCCAAGCCGACUGACGAUUGGGAACUCUUGCCCCCACUGCCCGACAUUAUCGAGGCCGUCAACAAGUUCACGAGCCAGUACUUCCAGCUGGGCUUCAUCCCGAAACAGCUGUUUCCGGAGCGGCUGCGGACUCAAGCCCGCUCUGUCAGCGUCUUCUUCCUGCUAGGCAUCCUGAGCGUCUCGGCGCGGCUGACGCCCGGUCUGGCUGAGCGCUAUGGGAAUGGGAGCGGCGUCAAGGCUUCGGAGGUCUUCAUGGAGCGUGCGUCGACCGUGGCGCAGACGGAACUCUACAGAGAGCCGAGCCUCGAGAGGUGCCAGGGCUUUUAUCUCCUCAGCAUCGCACAGCAGGGAAGUGGCAUGAGACACAAGAGCUCAAUCAACCUGGCCAUUGCGAUGCGGAUGGCAACCCUGAUGCAGUUGCAUAGAGAAGAGACCUAUGCCUUGCCAAACAAAACGAAGGAGCUCAUUAUUCGAGCUGAAUCUGCACGAAGAACUCUAUGGAUGUUGCACAGCCAGGACAACCUGCAUUCGGGACCGAGGUCCCCUGUACUACUGUCGGCGAGCGACAUUACGGCCCUGCUGCCGAGCAGCGAGAAGGACUUUGCUCACGCCAUAGAACCAAAGUCGCGGGCGGCGCUUGAAGACACGGUGCCGGCCAUCGACAACCCUGCCCUGAUUUCUGAUGAAGGGAGGUCCCUGUUUGCUGUCCUUAUCCAGGCACAUUACUUCUGGGGCGCCAUAUCCCGACGCGCUAUGAACAACAGCAAAGAUUUACGGCCAUGGGACGCGGCGAGUGUGUACGCCCAAAUGGAGAGGCGCCUUGCUGAAUGGGAGAGAGGGCUGCCUCAUGACCACCGAUGGAGCAGUCUCCUUCUCAAAGGUUACAAGCAAGAAGGCCAGGACCUGGCAUAUCUCGGGGUGACCAUGACAACCCGUCUGUGCAACAUCGUUAUCCGGAAAGCAUAUCUGCACGAAAUGAUUUCCUACGAUAAGUCGGACCCUAAACUGACAGCAUUCUGGUCCAACAUGGCGCUCGAGCUGUUUAGAAACGUAAACAUGCUGUAUGAGCAGAUAGAGGCACACCACGCCGACAGAGCCCCAGAAGAGGGUCCUGGUGCCCAGAUGGCGGCCUUUUGUGUUUACAGCUGCGGCUUCUUGGCGUGUUAUCCGUGCAAGUUCCCAAGCAUCUGCCCGGACCCGUCGAUAACCCGCAAUGCUCCAAUGAUGGUCCAGCGCAUUCUCAGCAUCCUCGCCGAAAGCCGAAAUGUCUGGCCGCUCGCAUCACGGUGGUACGACCAUCUAGAGAAGUUCUACCGUAUCCCGAAUGGUGUUACGCUCGAGACAGAGGGUAGUAUGGUCGGUAUGGCCGACAGCCAAGAGCAAAUACCCCAUGUCCUACAUGUAUCCUCCUCCACCCGCCCAGCGAUUAAGCCGAUCCAACCACGGAUGUCGGCACCAGCGCCGUCUGCUGUCGCCACGAAGGAAAAGAACGGCAUCCCGCCGCCUCCGAGUCCCAACCUGCCCAUCCUCAUUCUCCCUGAACAGCCACCGAGCGCCGUCGCGGCGCAGGCGUUGUACGCCGCCACCGAUCCUAGCAUGCGCCUCCCGGUCCCGCAAGCACCUGCCCAGGGUCACCACCACCUGCCGAUGCAGCAGCAGCAGCCCCAAGCCCACCUCACAAGACAGGCCCCGUCCGCUACCACCACCACCACCACCACCACCACAGACGGACUGGGCCUGCUGAUCGAGGCGUUUGAUACGCACCAUCAGACGGCGGCCGGUUCCCCUGCGCCGGCUCCUCCACAACCACCGCCGUCAGCUCAAGGGGCGGUGGGUAUGCCCUAUGAUUCCCAGCCGCAGCAGCAGCAUCAACAGCAACAACGGGCGCAGCAGCAGCCGCAGCCGCAAACUCAACAGCAGCAUCACCAGUUCUAUACCCAUGAGGCGCUGGCCAUGAAUGAUGGGUAUGAGCAUGAGUUGGGAUAUUACAUGUCUGACGGGUUCGGGGCCGGGCCCCAGGCUAUGCAGACUUGGUAUGUAGGGCCAUGAUGGUAAUGCAGUUGUAUGAUGGUGAUUGGCCGGGGGAGCAGAGGCGGGUUGGGUUGUUCAUGUAUGCUUGGUUUCGGCUCUCAAGGGGU